UUCUGAGUAAUGGAGCAGAAUAGCAACCGCAUGGACGACUUCCCUCUCAAUGUAUUUUCAGUCACUCCUUACACUCCCAGCACAGCUGACAUCCAGGUGUCUGAUGAUGACAAAGCAGGAGCCACUUUGCUCUUCUCGGGUAUCUUUCUGGGUCUGGUGGGGAUCACGUUCACAGUGAUGGGCUGGAUCAAGUACCAAGGCAUCUCUCACUUUGAGUGGACACAGCUUCUCGGGCCGAUUCUGCUCUCAGUCGGGGUCACAUUCAUCCUAAUCGCCGUGUGCAAGUUUAAAAUGCUAUCCUGUCAGUCUUGCAAAGAGAGUGAAGAAAGAACACUGGACACAGACCAGACUCUGGGUGGACAAUCUUUUGUUUUCACUGGGAUCAACCAGCCUAUAACAUUCCACGGGGCUACUGUGGUCCAGUAUAUUCCUCCUUAUGCAUCUCAGGAUACCAUUGGGGUAAAUGCCACGUAUCUGCCCCCAUUGGUGAACCCUUUUGGUGUUGCAAACUCAGGAGGGCCAACAGUGCCUGCUCCAAAUCCCCCUCAGUAUUGUACCAUCUAUCCUCAUGAUAAUGCUGCAUUUAUUGAUGACGACUUCUAUCCUGCCUACAUGGACAUGGAUCACAGAAAUGACAACAGGUCAACUACUGAUGCUGAACAGCUAGAGGAGAUACAACUGGAAGACAAUAGUCGUGACUGCUUUUCUCCUCCCUCUUAUGAGGAAAUAUACUCCAUCCCACGCUAAAGACUAAUUUUCUGGGGGAACCAAGCACUCAAACCACUAUUUUUUAAAACUAAUAGUUUUUAACUUAUAGCUUCUAAAAGACAGACAAGACCAAGGUUUCCUCAGGGCCCCCUAAUAGUAUAGCCAAACUCUCUGCUACUCAUGGAUGGAGUUGAAGGAAAAAAAUACCUCCUGGAGAGCAAAGGAAAAACCAAUGUGGAAUUCCCAUCGCUGUCUUCAUUCCUUCUUGAAGGAUAUCUUCUGGGUUCCUUACAAGUUUCAAGAGUGGGGAUUUUACCAUGUAAUUUUUAAUAGGUGCCCCACAAUUCACCUUGUGAUCAUGAGGAAAUUUUUAUUUUUAUACCCAAGGAUUUCCUUAGUGCAGUAGUUCCCAAACUUUUUUGGCCUACCACCCCCU